GAGCUCACAACUUGUACGGCCAUAGAACUAUAAAUAUCGAAAAGUAACCUAAUAUAACAAUUUAUAAUUUUGGAAAUUCCUUACAAAUACGUACAUAUAUAUUCAAAAGCACACAUAUACAUAUUCAUAUACAUACAAAUGGAUAAUUUUCACGUGCCAAAGAAGAUCAAUCGAAAUGUACUGAAGGCUCUGGGUAUUCUCCAGGCCGAACAUUCGCUGUCAGUUUUUGUGCCGGCUUCAAGCAUCGUCAAGCAGGUGGAAUUUCAGAUGCGUCGCGGUAAGAAAGUGGAGAAUAUCGAGGAGUGUGUGCUGAAGAGUCUGUGCAGUCUCACCUAUCUGGGAGUUUUGGUUCGCACCGGUCACUCGGACUAUGCGCUGCGUCAGGCGCUCGUAUUUGAGGACGGCACGAGCGCGAUUCCGUGGCUCGGCACAGUUAGAGGACUAGGGAGUGUCGGUACAAAGGUUGCAAAGAAAAAGCCUGCCGCCAGUAAGCCCAAACCAUCGGCUCUCUUGACCCGUCCUGGGUGUCGCCAAGCCGUAUUAAUGUCGAAGCCUUGUCGCGUUUGCCUCAAACGUAUGCCUGCUAGGUCCAGUGGCCAGGAGUCAAUGGAGGCUGAGCCGAUAGAUAAAGAAUUUGCCGUUUUACGAUCAGAUUCAACGGAUGCACCACAUGAUGACGAUGGCGAUUUCGAUUCCGAGACCUUGGCAUACGAUUUGCAUUGGGAUUUUGAAAACCCAGUUCCAAUAUCUUCUAACAAAUCUUAA